GACCAGGGAUUGCUGGAGAGAAGAGACAGACAGAAUUACAGGAUGAAUGAAAAUGUCCUGUGGAGGUGAAGGUAGUGACUUUUCACAAUGACACUGAAGGAUUAAUAUCCAUUUUGGAAAUCAAACCCUUCCAGAGUUUAAAAUUGCUUGAGAAAAGGCCAAUAAUUUAGAUAUUUUUUUCUUUUUUUUCUACCCUCAAUGUUCUACCAGGUAGAAAUAGCAUGAGAUUCUUAAGUGUUGCGAUGCUCUUGGAUUAUGGAUGUGAACAACAGCAACUGAAACUUUUUAAUAUGAUCUAAAGAAUUCUGUGCUACAUGAAUUCUGUGCUUUUACUCACCUUGCUCCUGUAUGAGAAAAUAAGUUGUUUGAAUGUUACCUAUCAAAUGGAUGUAAUUUCAGACUCACAGAAAAAGCACCUCAAGUUAUCCAUGCCUCCUUUUUCUGCUCAUGACACCAAUUCCUCCAUCUUUCUUCUAACAGGCUUUCCAGGUCUGGAACGGGAAUAUCCCUGGCUCUCCAUCCCCUUCUUCUCCAUCUAUACUAUGGUUCUCUCAGGGAACUGCCUGGUGCUGCAUGUGAUCCGGACUGAGCCAAGCCUGCACCAGCCCAUGUUCUACUUCCUGGCCAUGCUGGCCCUCACUGACCUGUGCAUGGGACUGUCCACAGUGCACACGGUGCUGGGGAUCCUAUGGGGUCUCAGCCAGGAAGUCAGCCUGGAUGCCUGCAUCGCACAGAUUUACUUUAUUCAUGGAUUAUCUUUCACAGAGUCUGGAGUCCUUCUCACCAUGGCUUUUGAUCGUUUUACAGCAAUCUAUAAUCCUCUGAGGUACACAUCCAUAUUAACCAAUGCCAGGGUCAUCAAAAUUGGACUGGGAAUUUUAGUUAGGAGUUUUAUACUCAUCAUUGCUCCCAUUGUCCGCCUAAAGUUUUUCCACUACUGCCAUCUGCAUGUACUCUCUCACUCUUUCUGUCUUCACCAAGACCUGCUGAGACUAGCAUGUUCUGACAUCCGCUUCAACAGUUUCUAUGCCUUGGCGCUGGUGAUUUGUACCCUUUUGCUUGAUUCCAUAUUAAUUCUUGUAUCCUAUAUUCUGAUCCUGCACUCUGUCUUGGCUAUUGCUUCUCAAGAGGAGCAGCUGAAGCCCUUGCAGACCUGUGUCUCCCACAUCUCUGCUGUCCUGGUUUUCUAUAUUCCAGUUAUCGGCUUGACUAUGGUACACCGUUUCGGUAAGCAUCUCUCUCCUGUGAUUCAUGUUCUCAUGGGAAACAUCUACAUUAUCUUCCCACCCCUGGUGAACCCCAUCAUCUACAGUGUGAAGACCCCACAGAUCCGUGGCAGGAUUAAGAAAUGGUUCUCCAUGUAGAAGAAGUAAAACACUUUGAAUUAAAAAGGAGUGAGUUGUUUAGAUGCAGAAAACUUUGGGCAGGGAGAGGAAAGGGAUAUUUAUUUAAAUUAUGUAUAAGGUAAUUGAACAUUAAGACUUUAUAUGAUAUGCCAUUAAUUGAAAGAUUUAUAGAUAUCAUGAAUGGAAAUAAAACCCAUUGUAUCUAAAUUCAAGUAUAGUGUUGGAAGUUUUGAGAGUAGAGUCAUUUAUCACAUGUCUCUCAUUUCUGUCUAGAAACAAUCAUUUUGCAAGAAAUAGCUACAAGAAAAUUAUCCAAGCACAGUUAAUAUUCAUCAACAGAGGAACAAUUUUAUCACCAUUUGAGUAGUUGCCUUGAUAAUCACAGAAGUUACAAAUGGUCUCUAUCCUUAAAUGAUAUUCUCAGAAUAGCUAAUAGUUCACUUAAGAGCCAUUCCAAAUUAUCAUCACCCUUCUGUUCUCACUAAUUCAUCAACAGACAUCUAUUUCUUGCUUCAGAGGAAAUUUUAUCACUAUAUUUUACAUAUGUAUAAAUGGCUAUAACCCUCACAAACUUAAUUCCUGUCUUAGAAUUAUUGAUGUAUUUUACUAUUCAGAAUAAAUUCUUCAUAUAUGUGCUUCAUUAAAUCUUCUCUUAGCUUUUCUAGAUUUGACAAAUAUUGACAAGUAAAAAAAAUUUUGGUAGGGGCAUUUUAUUCUGUUGAAGAAUAUAUGUAUUAUUUAAUAAUUAAGGUGAGGUCAGAUGACUAACCAUUUGGGAAACUAAUAAAGCUUAGUAUUACUGAAAACCUUGUGGAAUUUCCAUUCAUCAGGAUCUUCAGAGGGAGAAGAUGCCAUCUUUUUAUCUCUAGCAACAUAUCAUCUUCAUAACUCUUAUCACCAGAUUAGGAAAAAUAAUUCCAUAUAUGCUACUAUAUUAGGCCAAUCUUGAUUACUUUAUAGAACUAUGCCCCUGAAUUUCUGAGACCAAACUUGGUAAACAUUUCAUUUUCUUAAAGGAUUUCUCCAAAUAUUCUAAUUUCCAUUUACAGCCACUCCUCCUCUUCUAUACUAAAAACUGUGAAUUAUUAGUCUCGUGAUUCAAAUUGUAUAGCAUGUAUUCUAAAGAAACAGUACUGUUUUGACAUAAAUAUAAAAUAUAUUCAGGCACA